CAUCAUGUUCACUUAUUGAAGUGACUUUUUAUUAUGAAAUGACAGAUGCUGACAGCCAGAGUCACAAUGAGCACGUCACUGCAUUUGGUACUCGUCCUCUUAUCUGUUGGCUGUGCAGCUGGAUUCUGGGAAAGAUGUGCAACAAUAGUUCCAGACUCUACAUCACAAAUUCCGGUUGAACUAGGGAAAGAGUUUACAGCUGUCUGUAACCUUGUCGGUUCAAAAUACAGUGCAGAUGAUAUUGAAUGGUUCUCUGAAAAGUAUAGAAUUCCACGAGAGUUUUACAAGAAACUAAACAAAUCAGCUGUUGCUGUUACUUUCAAUGUCACCAAUAGCAUGAAAAACCCACUGAUGUGUAAUGCUUCUAAACAAUCUCUGUCGCAUGAAGAAACAUGCAGAUACGGAAUCUACCUUGAUAAAGGAUAUCCUCCUUCAAAGCCAGAGAAUUUGACUUGUAUUGCUCUUCAAGAUGGCAAGAGGAUGUCUUCCAACUUGACAUGUUCAUGGGAACCAGGGACAAGAGACCCACUUAUUCCCACCAGCUAUACACUCUAUGCAGGGGUGUUAGAUCACAGCUUUAGUGUUACAAGUUCCGAGCCUCUUACCCGUAGACUUACUGUCAAUUUAGGGACCUUUCCCAGUCACAUGACAGUAAACGUCUGUGUAGAAGCGAAGAACGAAUUGCAGACUGUAACAUCUGGCAAAAUUAGUGAUGACGCUGAGCGCUUUGUGAAACCAAAUCCACCCUCAAAUGUGGAGCUUAAAUGGGAAAAUAAAUUUCCAACAUCUGUAAUUGUGAACUGGACACAUCCCAUUGAUGAAACCGUUUUCAAGCUCAAGUACAACAUUAAUUACUGUAAAGAGGGUUCCAGUGUUUGGGAAGAGGUACCAUAUAAUGCCCUUAAUGAUAAUGUUGAGUCCUACAGACUGCAGUUUCUUCAGCCUUACACUAAGUAUGUGGUGCGGAUGCGCUGCAUUCAUCAAAGAGGUUUGGGGUUCUGGAGUGAAUGGAGUCCAAAUGCAACAGCUUGGACACCAGAAGAUGUUCCUAAAAGCAAACCAGAUCUCUGGCGAUUCUAUGAAGAUGAAGAUAAAACCACCAAUGUGAAGCUUAUUUGGAAGGAACCAGUCAAAUCAAAUGGCAAAAUACUGGGAUAUGACAUCACAAUAAACACGGAUGGCAUUCGUUCUGAGAGCCUUCUUGUUCAUUCUCAAGAGCUGAAGUUGCACCUGAAGGGGGGGAGGGCUUUCGUCAAAAUUACAGCCAACAAUUCUGUUGGAGUAUCUCCUAGGGCCACCUUAAUGAUCCCAAAACCUGGGCGAAGACUCCCUGUUGGAGUGAAAGAAGUGAAUUGGUCUGUGCCUAAUGGCACACUGUGGGUGAGCUGGCUCAAAACAUCAAAUGUCUCUGAAUAUUUAAUAGAAACCGUUUCUAUCCCUGAAAAAGAGAUGUGGUGGCAGAGAGUGGCGGCCAAUACCUUGACUGCCUGCCUCGAAGGAGACUUUAAACCAUUCAAACGCUACCAUAUAUCUGUGUACCCGAUUUAUCGAGAGAGACACUACAAUGUGAUUUACAGCCUGCCAGGAAAGCCAGUCACUGUAGCAGCCUAUCUUCAGCAAGGGCCUCCUGAGAUGGGUCCUGUUGUUAAAGUGACUGCAACAGGGAAAAACAGCGCCCAGCUGAAGUGGGAAGAACUUCCAGUCGACAUUCAGCGGGGAUUUCUCACCAAUUACACCAUUUUCUAUAAAACCGGAGACAAUGAACAAUAUGUCGUGCUUGGGCCAAACGUCUUUUCGUACAACCUGACUAAACUGACUGCUUGCAGUCAGUAUGAGGUGCACGUCAUUGCUUCUAACACAGAGGGCUCAGCAAAUGGAUCCAAAGUCGUUUUUUAUACUAAAAAGUACGAGCAAGGUGAAGUCGAGGUGAUCGUGGUUAUAGUGUGUUUGAGCUUCCUGUUCUUCAUAGUUUUCGUAAUGAUGCUCACCAUCAGGAAGAGAGAAUUGAUUAAGAAGCAUUUCUGGCCACAGGUUCCUGACCCUUCCCACAGCACUAUUGCUAAGUGGUCACCUGACUGUCCCAGUAAGCCGGACGCCCCAAAAGAAGCCACCCUGGCGGACGUAAGCGUGGUGGAAGUGGACGUUUUUGAUGGGAAGUCCCUGUGUGACGACAACAAGUCAGCUCUGCCCCUCAAGAAAGACAGAUACUUACCCGAGGAGAACAGCAGCGGCAUCGGAGGCUCGUCCUGCAUGUCCACCCCGCGCCAAAGCGUCUCCUCCAACGACGAGGCUGACUCAGGCCAGACCACUGCCAGCACGGUGCAGUACUCCUCUGUACUGGCCAGUGGCUAUAAAGGCCAGACUCCGAGCGCUCAGGCGGCCAUGUUCUCCCGCUCUGAGUCCACCCAGCCCUUGCUGGACUGUGAGGAAAACCCAGAUCACCUGUCUGAAGCCGGCAGUCCCAAUCACACGAACUCCUAUUUCAGACGGCCUCGGGGACUCGAGCAGUUGCACACGCACGACGCCGAAGAGCCCAGCUUUGGGUCUUUAACCUUUAGUCCUAUGGAGGAGGAGGAUACACCCACUCUGACCGAGGACCCACCUAUUCCCACCCCUAGUUACAUGCCGCAGAAAAAUGGCUACCGGCCACAGUGAUAAGACUAAAAAUACCCGCCCCCCCAUCACCAAAAAAUCUGUAUUGAUAAUAUUCUGUGCCUUCAUUUUCAGUUCCACACUACUUGCUGCUUUAUCAAAAAAAGCGUGGCUUCUAGCUCUGCGCAAGGUAAUACUGUAUUACUGUAUUACUAAGCUAAAUGCAAAUGUGACUGACAGUAGUUUUAUUUGUAUUUUGGCACUUUUUAUAUAUAUAUAGUAUUUUAAUACUCAUUUUUAUGUUAACCAUGCGGUUAGUUUUAAAGCAUAAAAGUCCAAGUUUCAAUUUUGAAUUUACAUGGAUUUUGCAGCAGUCACACCGGAAUUGAGAGUAUUGUUUGACCUCGCUAAUCACUCUGAUAUAGCAAAUGUCGAGUGACUGUGGUGGAGCUUUUCCACCUGGGAAAAACUGGAGCUGGUGCCAUAGACUGUAAGCCAGAGAGCCGAACUACUACGUUACACAUGUGGGUGUUGUCGAUGCCUUGGGAGAACAUAUUUAUAUAACAUCUAUUUAUAUAACAUCUGUUUACAAACAUGAUCAAUAUUCAUCCAGUUGUGAGUGCUGCUGACUCCCAAGCAGUGACGUGACGUAUGUGAACCCACCUCAAACACGGCAAACCCUGUAGGCCUUUUGAACAUGAAUUUCAAAAAGACUACGUUGCCAGUUAGAACAGAACACAAUUCUUUAUUUGUUUAUUAAAAAUUCUUUUUUCACACAUCCCAGUUUUGGGGCGUUUGGAAGCUGGUGUCAGAGCGCAGGGUCAGUCAUUGUACUGCACCGCUGGAGCUGUGAAGGUUAAGGCCCCAACAGUGGCUGCUUAGCAGAGUCAGGAUUUAAACCCACAACCUUUUGAAGGAUAGCCCAGAGCUAUAACCACUGACCUCCCACUGCCCAGAUAGUUACUUCAUUAUGCUAAGACAAGAGCAGCCUCAUGCAUUUAAACUAGCUGUUUGUGCUUAGAAACAGUGUUCUCAUUAGUGGAACAGUUUAACCACUAAAACAGUGAGCAUGUUCUCUGUUUGACCUCUGUUUUUAAAACCCCUGUCAUCACAGGUUCACAGUUACAGCCCAGCAGCCUUAUGGUGCUGGAAUCAGGUCAGAUUUGCCUGUUUAUUAUUGUUUCAGGAUAUUUCCUGGAUAUUUAGGGCUUAGGUGAUUGAUGGAGUUCUGAAACUUAGUAAGAUCUGAAAUCAGUGGGACCAGCGUGGCUAGUCAGGUAGGUCGGAGUUUUAUGUGUAUACAUUUUAUUGUGCAGUCAGCAGGGUUUUAGUGAGGGAGGUCAUGACUCAAAUUUAUUUGACUGAAAAAUAAAAUGUGUCUCUAAACCAAGAAGACAACAUGCUUAAAACCUAUUACGAUAACUUUAUAAGGGGCAGUCAUAGCUCAGUGUUUAAGGUACUGUACUGAACCAGCAACUCUAAUCUUGAUGGUUCAAGCACCACCGAUGCCAGGUUGCCACUGUUGGGUGAACAAGGGCCUUAAUCCUCAAUUGCUUGAACUGUAUUUGGUCACAAUUUGAAUAAAAGCAUCUGCUAAAUGUUAAAUGUAAAUGAUAUGACUAGAAUAAUCAGUUGUGGCAACCCCAAUACAGAAGCAGCUGAAAAAAAGAUCACUAAAGGUGACUCAGUCUUGUCAACUUGAAACAUAACCAGGGAAAUCACCAAGUGUAAAAUUGAAGUAAAAUUUUUCCUCCACAAAGUCACAGUUUAGCUCUAUUGGCUCAUGCACCAUGUUCUCCGAAUUAAAUUAAUGCAUUUCAUUGAGGGGUGAAUUUUAUUCCCAUCCGGUGUGAGCACUUGUUUAUAUCAUAAAAUUAUCAUAUAAUCCUGAUGCCCGUAUCAAUAUAUAUAUAUUUUUUUUCUUACCAAGCAAAUGAAUGUGUAAUAUUACUGCCGUUACAAUUUCAGCUUUGUUUAAUUUCAAUUUAAAGCUAAUGGGAUGUUCAAGUGUUUAUAAAACAUGUACUAUAAGAAUGUAGUUUGAUACAUUUGUAUAAUAUGAAAGACUAGCUGCUAUACAUGUGGUUACUAAUGGCUUUUACAAAUUUUGUCUGUUUUUCAUUCAGCAUUGCUAGAAUAUGAUCAUCCGUAGGUCGCAAGUGCAAAUUGUUUGUGUUGUAUCGUUUACCGUCGAUUUGUUGGACUGAGGUUAGAUUUCAUUGUCUUAAGAAGAAGUGAAGAUUUUCAAAAUCAGGUAAUGUUAAGAUUCACAACAAUUGCAGCACUAUUUUUGCAACGUGAUAUGGAGAUCCAGCCAAUCAUAAUAACAUUUUUCUAAAAAAAAAAAAAUGUAUAUGUAUAUAAAAGAAAAUCCACACUACAUAAGCUCAGACAGAUCGGUUUACAUUUUUAAUGCAUGCUUUUGACAUAUAUUCAUUCUAAAUGUUUGAAGAUUUAUCAGUGACAUUACACUUUUUAUAAACAGCGAA